AUGUCGUUCGAACAAAGGUACGAUUAUUCUUAUGAGCAAUUUGUCCAAAAUGACCUUCCCGACCUCGGUCUGUUUGGCCUAACCGAGCGUGAACUCUUCGACCUUCGUGGCCACGACCUGUCUGGCAACUCUAGUCCGGUUGGAAUGACCGAAAUUUCUUCGUACGGUCUACAAGAGAACUACCUAGGCCACUCACUUGGAGUCGGGACGUCCUUCUCUGAUGGUCCAGAUACUUCCGAACAAAGUCGCCCAUCUAUGAUGAUGAACGACACUGCAGGAGGUCUGAGACUCGACACAUUCGCGGCAAUGCAGCCCGGAGCCUCGAACGUCUUCACCAUCCGGGACGAAGCAACGACCCACGCUCUGGGUGCUGGAAUCCAUCACAGUCUAGGCGACGACGUGCAGACAUUAGACAUUGCCGCUGGCCCUUCGACAGCGCAGCCUUCUCAUCUCGGAACCAUGGACUGCGAUGCUCCAUCCGAUCCAGCCGUGUUCAACAAUGCCAUUAGUCCUACACCGGGCGCGUGCAGUCUGCACAUGCCACGGACUGGCCCAAUCACCUUGGCAAAGCGUACGAAUGCAGUCAUCACGCACACUGGGCCCGAUCCGGCUAUCGGUGAUAUCAUGCCCUCCGCUGCUUCUGUCCCAGCACCCGCGGCACCCACGCCAGUUGUACUCGUAGCAGAAGUCAACAGCGAAUGGUCUGGGCCGCAGAAAUGUCACUGGCGCGGCUGUGACUCGAAGGCCACUUCCGUAGUCGCUCAUCACUGGAUGCCCACGUCAGGAACAUCCACCUGA